CAGAGCCCCCAACUCGAUUGGUGGUCGACGACGCGUCACGGGCAAUCGGCAAAACACGAUCGUUCCAAGUUCCAAAGAGUGUCGCCGACACCGACGACUUCGCGGGCCCCCCACGGCAGUGAUGUCCGCGUUGUGAGAGUAGGACUCCGCGUUUCUUUUCCUUCGGUGUUUUUGUGUUUUAACGCUGUUGUUUCCGGUGUGUAUUUUAUAAGUUCUUUCUCCGCUUAUUCUCGUCGAGGACGGCGAAUCCAUCGUUUACGUUCCACAUUUUAGAAUCUACCUGUCCAUUCUGCUACAUAUGCCCAAGCACCCUCAAUGUCCUUAUAAGGCUUUUAUAUCGACGUAAAGGAAAAAUUGAAAUUUCACCUUCAUACAGAAAUUGCCAACGUCUUUCCCGUCCUUAUUCCAAGCUCACAUAAUGGACCAAUCUUGACAACGGUGUUAAUUAUUUGGGACUAAGAGGUUAAAAUGUCCCGGCAUUCCCAGUUUUACACCGUCGAGGUGGGAGAUACAAAGUUUACUAUUUUGAAACGUUAUCAAAAUUUAAAACCGAUUGGUUCUGGAGCUCAGGGAAUAGUGUGUUAAUCACGGUGUAGAAUUGCACGGAUUCUUGUUGUUUUGUCGAUUUUCUUACUCUCUCGGUUGUGUUUAAAAGGGGGUAGUUAGAAAAUAAGAGGGAUUAAGAGAGAGUGUAACUGAAAAAUAAUAAAGUAAAACGGGGCGAUUUCGAAAAGUUGAAGAGGGCGUCAUCGUCACGAUGCCCCUUCGAGACGGAUUCAUAAAAAACGUUUUCGGCGACACCGAAUUUUGGGUCCCCGAACGUUACUCGAACCUCGAACCGAAAGGGGGUGGAGCCCAAGGUCUCGUCUGCGCUGCCGUUGAUACAGUCACGCAACAGAACGUGGCGAUUAAAAAACUUAGUAGACCCUUCCAAAAUGUGACGCAUGCUAAAAGAGCGUACAGAGAGUUUAAACUCAUGAAAUUGGUUAAUCAUAAAAAUAUUAUUGGUCUUUUGAACGCGUUCACCCCUCAAAGAUCUUUAGAAGAAUUCCAAGACGUUUAUCUAGUUAUGGAGCUAAUGGACGCGAAUUUAUGUCAAGUUAUCCAAAUGGAUUUGGAUCAUGAACGGAUGAGCUAUCUUUUAUAUCAAAUGUUAUGCGGAAUUAAACAUUUACAUUCAGCAGGAAUCAUACACAGGGAUUUAAAACCGAGUAAUAUAGUGGUUAAAUCUGAUUGUACAUUAAAAAUUUUGGAUUUUGGUUUGGCAAGAACAGCAGGUACAACGUUUAUGAUGACCCCGUACGUUGUGACGCGAUAUUAUCGGGCUCCGGAAGUGAUACUCGGUAUGGGGUAUAAAGAUAACGUCGAUAUUUGGUCCGUCGGUUGUAUAAUGGGUGAGAUGAUUCGCGGCGGGGUUCUAUUUCCGGGCACGGAUCAUAUCGACCAAUGGAAUAAAAUUAUUGAACAAUUGGGGACGCCGUCGCAUCAAUUUAUGGUGCGUUUACAGCCGACAGUUCGAAAUUACGUUGAAAAUCGUCCGAGGUAUCCGGGGUAUCCGUUCGAUAAACUCUUUCCGGACAUGCUUUUCCCCUCGGAUAGUAGCGAACACAACCGAUUGAAGGCGUGUCAAGCGCGCGAUUUAUUAUCGAAGAUGUUAGUUAUCGAUCCGGAACGAAGAAUAUCUGUUGACGAUGCUCUUCUUCAUCCCUACAUCAACGUUUGGUACGAUGAAGGAGAAGUGAACGCUCCGGCGCCUGCCCCGUACGAUCAUAGCGUAGAUGAGAGAGAGCACACGGUCGAACAAUGGAAAGAGCUUAUUUAUCGUGAAGUAAUGGAGUACGAGAACCUCCAUGGAGGUGCUAAUUCGAGGGCAUCUUCAAGUACGCAACCCAGUCCAGCCACCAACUCAACCGAGCCCAACGGAACCGACACAUUACGGUAGAGCAGGAUUUGAGGUUUGAGGCAUAGGUUACAUUUUCAACUUUCCUAACCGUUACAAUGGAACCCAAAAAUUGAUUUUUAUCUGUUUAUACUAAAAAAGAAAUAAUUAACAGGUAAAAAUCAAACAGUUAAAUACAAAGGAAAAGUAAACAGAUGCACUCGAUACAGCUAAAAUUUAAAAAUUAAAAUCAAACUGAUUAUAAUGAAAGAAAAUCAGAGUGCAAUAAGGAAAAAUUAAAAUAUUUAAUCACUUAAAUUUUUAAAAGAAAUUAUUUAAAGUAAUAUUUACAUUUUUUUUAAAGUACUGCUGCUUAAAUAAAUUUGCAAUUAGAUUUAAAUUAGAUCUGGAUGAAUUUAUAAAAAUUGCUACUCCGAAACUCGUUACGGGUAUUUAUCCAAAUCUGAAAGACACCAACAUUUAGUAGGAACUUAUCUUGUAUUGAAAAAUAUGCUUAUUUCUCUUAAUAUCAUUUAAAAAGAUUUUAUUUUAAUGCAAAAAUGUGAUGUUUCUAAAUUCGUUCUUGAAACUGCAGUGGUAAAUGGUGAAAAAAAAAAUGAAAAAAAGAGUUGGAGACGUCACAAUAAAACAUAACCUAUAAUUUAUUUUUUCAACAUUGCGAUAAAUUGCUUAUUUUCUUUGUUUGAGAUGAAAAAGGAUAUUUUGAGGUCUUUUAAUAACGUAAGUAUUUUUUUUACCGUUAAAAUUGGGUUAUUAGUAAGGUUUGUUCCUAAAACGGAAAAACAAAAAAGUUGAAUAAUAAAGUGAAGGUAAACCUUCCCUUUAUUUUUUUUAUCAAGUAAUUUUAUAAAAACUCCAACCAAUCGUUUUAAUUUUAAAUAAGGUUAUUUAUUAAGUAUUAAUGAGGUUUGAUCCUAAAACAUGUAAAAAUGAAAAAGUUAGGUUAGGUUUACCUCUUAACUAAAAUUUU